AGUUAGUGCAACACUGCGAAUAGGCCGCUUUGACAAUUGAAAGUGAGGUUAGGAACCCCGUCAAAAUAUUUAAAUGUAAAUAAUUCGAAAUUAAAUGAUCAAAUUAAGAUAAAUCAAGAACAAAAAUGAUUUGGCGCCUUGUGCAAAAACAACUGCGCUGUGUAAAUAAGGCAUGCAAGCGUAAAUUUUCACUGUGGUCUCCUUUAGCUGAAAGUUUCAAUACUAGGCCUAAUCAGAAGUUUAAUUACAAUAAAAAGCAAGUGGGUUUAUUUGGUGUGCCACAAUUGACAAAUUUUACAGGCUUUUAUGAGUUACGGGAUGACUGUAUUAAACAUUCAGAGAAGCUUAUUAACGAGGCUCUUAGUCAUAGACGUAAGAGAAAAAUGGUGCAAAUAUUCGACGAAUUAUCUGAUACUCUAUGUAAAGUAGCAGACUUGGCGGAAUUUAUCAGAAUUUCUCACCCACGCGACGAAUACUGUCAAGCUGCUGAAGAGGCAAGUUUAGCUGUAUCAGGGGUUGUAGAAAAGCUAAACACCAACUUAGAGUUGUACAAAGCACUGAAAAAGGCUGUGUUCAAAGGGGAUAUUGUCAAAUGCACAGACACUGAUAAUUAUGUAGGUGAACUAUUUAUGUUUGAUUUCGAACAGUGUGGAAUUCAUUUGCCUGAAAUGGAGAGAAACAGAAUUGUGGAAUUAAAUGACAUUAUUUUGAAUUUGGGACAGCAGUUUGUGUCUGGUAGUUCACUGCCCAGGGUUGUCAAAAAAACUCAGUUGCCAAAUGGUUUAAAAAACAUUUUUACUUCUGAUGGAGAUGAUGUGUACGUCUCAGGGUUGUAUACCGACUCUGUGAAUCCCGUGGCAAGAGAAGUGGCUUAUAGGAUAUUUCUUCAUCCGGAUCCUGACCAGGAGAUUAUUUUAAAACACCUUCUCCAGGCUAGAGAUGAGCUGGCUAAGAUAGCGGGUUUUAGUACUUAUUCGCAAAGGGCUUUAAGGGGGAGCACGUUGGAUGAGCCUCAACAUGUGACGACUUUUUUGGAUAAUUUGACCAAGGAUCUCUGGAAUGAGGCCAUCAAGGAUUUCCAAGCUAUGGAUGCGAUGAAAAAGAAGGAAAAUCCUGGCGCAUCGCAAAUACAAGCUUGGGAUGUUCCCUAUUACACGCAGAAAGCCAAAAGAGAUUUGUUCAGAGUUACCGAUAAAGAAUUUAGUCCGUACUUUUCGCUCGGUGGAUGUAUGGAGGGUUUGAGUAUGCUCUUCAAGAAUCUAUUUGGGAUUGAGUUGGUCAACACGGAAACAGCACCUGGCGAAUGCUGGUAUCCGGAUGUGUAUAAGCUAUCUGUGAUACACGAAACUGAAGGUUUACUGGGGUAUAUCUACUGCGAUUUUUACGAGAGAACUGGAAAACCAAAGCAAGACUGUCACUUUACGAUUAGAGGUGGACGAAGUCUGCCGGACCAAACCUAUCAACUGCCUAUAGUCGUUCUAAUGCUGAAUUUGCCGGUGCCGCGGUGGUCCAGCCCUUCGCUGCUCACCCCCAACAUGGUCGACAAUCUUUUCCACGAGAUGGGGCACGCGAUGCACUCGAUGCUGGCCAGGACCGAGUACCAGCACGUUACGGGCACGCGGUGCAGCACGGACUUCGCCGAAGUGCCGUCGGUGCUCAUGGAGUACUUCGCUUCCGACAUGCGCGUGCUCAAAAAGUUCGCCAGGCAUUUCCAAACGCAAGAGCCGAUGCCUGACGAAAUGUUGCAGAGGUUGUGCGCGUCGAAGCACUUGUACACCGCCAGCGAGACGCAGUUGCAGAUUUUCUACGCCGCUCUGGACCAAGUUUAUCACGGUGAGCAUCCGAUGAAGGGUAGCACCACUGAUGUUUUGGCCAAGACCCAGCAAAGGUACUACAGUUUACCAUACGUGCUCAACACGACUUGGCAGCUGAGGUUCAGUCAUUUGGUGGGGUACGGGGCCAAAUAUUAUUCCUACUUGGUGUCAAGGGCUUUGGCCUACUGGAUUUGGCAGACCUACUUCGAAAAGGAUCCUUUUGAUAGGUCCAAAGGCGAGAUUUAUCGAAGGGAGUGUUUGGCCCAUGGGGGCGGCAAAAAUCCGAAAUAUUUGAUAGCCGACUUCUUGAAAUUUGAACCUACCCCAGACAAAUUAUCUGAAGCCCUCACUCAGGAAGUUUUAAGCCACCAAAAGCUUGUAGAUCAAGUUACUAAGAGUAAGAAUAAAUAUUUUUUUCCCAUUUUGUACAUUAAUUCACUGUGUAUAUAUGUAUUUAAAUUAUACAUCUCAUUAUGCCUUUAUUAUCAACUUUUGUAAAUAAUAAAAGUAUUGCUUUCAUAUUUUAAAAUUAUUAAUUUAUUAUUGUAAAACAUUGAAAAUAUUUUUAAAAAAGGUUUUUAAAUAAAUGAUAAAAAAAUACAAAAUCAUUAUUUAUUUGUAAACAGUUUGAGUCAUACUUUAAAAAUGUACAGGUACAAAAAUUCUAAAUGCCACAUUAUGGAAAACCUAAUUUCAAUUCCUUAAAAUUUUAAGUACAUUUUAUACUUCCUAACAUAAUUUCACAAAUACAAAUAAAUAGGACUAAUAACAACUUUAUAUGUUUACUAAACAAUUACAAUUAAAUGGCAAGUGUACGACGUUAAUAUAAAUAGUAAUCAUGCGUUUAGUAAAAAAAUAGAUGUAUACUAGGGUGAUUUAUUUUAAAGCAAAAUAUCGAUAAAAAAUGCCUUUAAUCUUACUUUUAUUUUGAUUUUAAAGUUUUUCCAUUUAAUUAACAUGGAAAAUUAAGGAUUUUUUUUCAAUUUCCUAUAGCUUGGCGGUUUUUUACGGUACUACUAUUUACACCUAUAUUUUUAAUAAAAAAAACAGAAGUACUUUUUACGGCAAAACGGUUAAAGUUACAGGUAAAAGGUAAACAAGAUUUUUAUGGAAAAUUUAAUUUCUUACAAAAAAGAUUCCAUGCAUUAAUACAAUAAAAUGCAUAGUUUAAAAAAAGAUACAGGGCAUUUGAUAAAUUAAGGGUAAAAUUUCGAUAAAAAUAAUUAGUUCCAAACUAAACAUUUUAUUUCAUUAAUACAUAAAACUAUUUUUGUAGAAAAUUAAUUAAUAAAUAAAUGCUCUUCUAUAUCUUUUAAACUAUACAUUUUAUUACAUUAUUGCAAAGGACUUUUUUAUAGGAAAUCCUAUAAAAUCUUCCUAAUGGCGGGUUGAUACAACUUCAUAUCAUUAAUUUAUUUCAUAAUUCACAAUUUAGUGUAUAAGCAUAAAAGUUAAAUCGUACUAUCUGCUAUGAAACACUUUAUACAACGAUUUAAUCCCUAACUCACAAUUUAAUGUUUAUUAUGGCGGGUUUAUACAACUUCAUAUCAUUAAUUUAUUUCAUAAUUCACAAUUUAGUGCAUAAGCAUAAAAUCGCAAUAUCUGCUAUGAAACAGUUUAUACAACGAUUUAAUCCAUAACUCACAAUUUAGUGUUUAUUGAAUAACCUUAAAAGUUCAUAAAAUUUAACUUUUAUGAAAUAAAUUAUGAAUUAUGAAACAGCGCAUGUGCCAACAAUUUUUCUCUCCAUUUUUAAGGUUAUAAUUAAUAAUUAUUGUGUUUUGUGUUUGUGCCUUAAAAAUACCACAAAGUUCCUACAAAACAUGAGUUUUAAUGAGAGAUUUUGUGUUAUUUGUCACUUUUAAUUAUCAAUAUUGUCAUUUGAAAAAAUAAAAUAUAUAUUAAAUUAUGCAUUAAAUUAACAAUUAUGAAAUAAAUUGCCCACUAAAUUAUGAAUUGUUGUAUAAACCCGCUUUAACUUUUUACCUGUAACUUUAACCGUUUUGCCGUAAAUUGUAAAAUACAGGUCUAAAUAUACAGGGUGUCACCUAAUAAAUUGUCAUCUUUUGAGGAGAUGAUAGUACAUGCCAAAACAAGAAAGUUUUUCCAUUUUUGCAUUAAUAAAAAAAAUAUGAAAUUUUUGACAAAACCAGGGAGCUACUGGAUGUCACUGACCUUCGUAUAUAUCAUUUUUUUUUUUACUUUUAAAAACAAUUAUCAACAAAGUAAUCAAUGAUAACACGAAUGUAAAGUUUUAAUGAAUGUGGAUUAUUGCCCACUGUGCAAGCAUAUUGGCGGCCCAAAAUUUCUACCUUACCUCCUUUAAAACGAAUCACCUUAAUGUUUACACAUCAAUAAAUAUUGUAAAAAAUAAUACUGUAUUAAAAGUAGUUAAUAUAUGGCAUAAUUAAGUAACAUUACACUGUAUAAGGCAGUAUAUACAUAGAUUUAAAAACAGUUAAAUAAUUGCACGAUAAACGAAUUAGUGCGUUUAAAGCUCAAACUUAAAAAAAUAAGUAGCUACACUGGUAUUAAUAAAUCAACCUCCUAAUUAAUGAAAAUAGCGGCAGUCUUUAGGAUUACGUGAACUUUUGUCACGACGCCUCCAUGUUUCUGUGAACAGUGACCGGAACUAUAAUGGAAUUUUUGUUGGGGAUUCUGGUGAAACACGGCGGAGACGCGUGAUGUUUACCGGGCACGCUGACGCUGGUGCGCACCGAGGCGUUGUCGGAGCCGAAGUCGUCUUCCUGAGAGUCGCCCUCCACCGGCGCCAGCGACAAGUGCUCGCUCUCGUCGUGCGGCGUCAUGGUCGAGUAACCGUGAUCGGAGUCCGCCGCGGUGGCGGCGCGCCUGUACGUGCUGGCCACGCAGUAAGGCGAAACCGGAUCGGGCCGGUCUUCCUGCAGCAACUUGUCGCGGUGGUUGCCCAGAUCGUGGUAGUUGUCGUUCACGUUGAGAUCGCUCAUGCGCAGCUGAUUGUCUUGCGUCGACGAUAAGUACAAGCGCUCGGUGGACGGCGUCGUGUACGAACGGUAGCACACGAACAAAAGUACGAAGAGAAUGCACAUGGCUAUGAUCGAGCCCAGUAUGGGGCCGAUGGGGUUCAAGUCGGAGUUCGCGUUAUCGGGCAGUAUAAUCGUGUUGUCUUUGUAGGGCGUGGCCGAACCGAAAACGCCGUUAAAACAUGUCGAUAAGGAAGAACAAAACGGUUUACGCAGGUAAUUGCCAUCGGUGUCGAAUUUGCACCACUCGCAUCCGGUCAAACCCAGACAAUCCAGGUAGGUUUCUUCCGCUUGACAGUUGACGGGGAAACAGCUGUCCAAAUUCCGGUCGGUUUCCUCUAUGAAAGGCGGCUCUUGAGACACAUCCUCCGUGUACCACAUACAUGGAUUAUUGUCGGUUAUAUUCGCAUUGCACGUUUGUGCGUUCGUGUUCAAGGGGCACUCGCAAGGACACUCGCAUUCCUUUUGCUCCAUCCUAUUACAAUUCAAGCAUAACCUGUCGACCACGCUACAAGGACAAAAAGUGGCAACUACAUCGCAAGUGGCGUUCACGAUACCCACAAAUAUAUUCGUAUUUGGCACUGUAGUAAUUCGGUAGGUAACGCAAUGCUCUCCCGGCACAAAAUUCGCCAAGACAUCGCUAAAGCUCGUAUUCAGUCUAUAGUACCUCUGUAUGGUACUGUUCCCAUAAUUAUUGCACAACAGCUUCCGUAUAAAAUGCUUGUGAUUCAAAAUAUCGUUCGCCACCAGCGACUCCUUAUGAACGAUGUGUUUUUGUUCGAUCGGCUUCGCCUCGUUCAGCUGCAUCAAAUUCGGAUGAUAAAUCAAAUAACCCUGAUCGUCCAUCAAAAAACACGUCACCUUUUCCUCCAAACAAAACGGCAUGUACUCCAAAAUCAUCUUGUACACGUAACCGUACGUAACAUCAAGCGCCGCGACGGUCUGCGCGGUAGCGUACGCCAUCGUGACUAUGUAACCUGCGCCGCCGCCGUCCAAGUAAGGCGGAAUAAAGACCACCCGGUCCUGGUGCUGGAUCGCGCGCAAAAACCACGGGCGCUUCGUCGGCUCCAAACCCGGCCCUAAAAUGCUGCCGGGGAACAUCUGCAGCACUCCGCUGUACGACGUCGCGUAUCUGCGCACCACGUACUUGGACAGCAUCGAGGUCAAGUGCUGCUUGCGCAUGAACUCGAUGAUGUGCGCUAGCGCGACCACCUCGUCGCGCACCUCGUCUUUCAAGCCGGGGUUCACCAGCAGUCUCGUGUCGUCCUUCAGGUAAGCCAGGUAACCUUGAGAUAUCAAUUUUUCCUGGCUGGUUUUUAGCGCGUAGAACGGAGACUUGAAGCACGACAAGCUCAAGUAUAAAGA